UCCUGUCGAUGACGACCGCCUAGAUCCGGGGAAGGGUUUUGCAGAAGGACCCAGAACUGUGUCCAAGGUUUCCUCAGAUUUGGGCUGUUCCGCAGCGGCAGGUCCCGGGAACCAAGGCAACAGACAUCUUCCUAGGCUCGCGAGAGCGCCCCCUUGUCCCACGGCUGCUGGGGCCCCCCAGUAGCCAUGGCUCCGGUGUCCGGCUCGCGCAGCCCGGAUAGGGAGGCCUCGGGCUCGGGGGGAAGACGUCGCAGUUCGUCGAAGAGUCCGAAGCCCAGCAAAUCUGCCCGCUUCCCGCGGGGCCGCCGCUCUCGCUCGCACUCUUGCUCUCGGUCCGGGGACCGGAAUGGACUCACCCAUCAGCUGGGUGGCCUCAGCCAAGGCUCCCGAAACCAGUCCUACCGCUCACGCUCGCGGUCGCGUUCUAGAGAGCGGCCCUCUGCGCCCCGGGGCAUCCCCUUCGCUUCUGCCUCCUCGUCAGUCUAUUACGGCAGCUACUCGCGCCCCUACGGGAGCGACAAGCCUUGGCCUAGCCUCCUCGACAAGGAGAGGGAGGAGAGCCUGCGGCAGAAGAGAUUAAGUGAGAGAGAGAGAAUUGGAGAAUUGGGAGCUCCUGAAGUAUGGGGACUUUCUCCAAAGAAUCCUGAACCAGAUUCUGAUGAACAUACACCAGUGGAGGAUGAAGAGCCAAAGAAAAGCACUACUUCAGCUUCUACUUCAGAAGAAGAAAAAAAGAAGAAGAAGUCUAGCCGUUCAAAAGAAAGGUCCAAGAAAAGGAGAAAGAAAAAAUCAUCGAAAAGAAAACAUAAGAAGUAUUCUGAAGAUAGCGACAGUGACUCUGAUUCUGAAACAGACUCCAGUGAUGAAGAUAACAAAAGGAGAGCAAAGAAAGCCAAGAAAAAGGAAAAGAAGAAGAAACACAGAUCGAAGAAAUAUAAGAAAAAGAGGUCUAAGAAGAGUAGAAAAGAGUCCAGUGAUUCAAGCUCUAAAGAAUCCCAAGAAGAGUUUCUGGAAAAUCCCUGGAAGGAUCGAACAAAGGCUGAAGAACCAUCAGAUUUAAUUGGCCCAGAGGCUCCAAAAACACUUACCUCUCAAGAUGAUAAACCUUUGAACUAUGGCCAUGCUCUGUUACCUGGUGAAGGUGCAGCUAUGGCUGAAUAUGUAAAAGCUGGAAAACGUAUCCCACGAAGAGGUGAAAUUGGCUUGACAAGUGAAGAAAUUGCAUCAUUUGAAUGCUCAGGUUAUGUAAUGAGUGGUAGCAGGCAUCGCCGAAUGGAGGCUGUGCGACUGCGAAAAGAGAACCAGAUCUACAGUGCUGAUGAGAAGAGAGCCCUUGCAUCCUUUAACCAAGAAGAGAGACGAAAGAGAGAGAACAAGAUUCUGGCCAGUUUUCGAGAAAUGGUUUACAGAAAGACCAAAGGGAAGGAUGACAAAUAAAGAUUUUAUGAUUCUCUAGAAGACAUUUUUAACAACAAAAAAGAAAGUCUGGGUUCCACACAUACAUAGAAAAAGAUUAUUAUGUUCUGAGAAAGCUUUACAGUGCUACUGUGCCUUCUAUUUAAUUCUUUCAGUCCUUCAAUAAAAAGCUGCUUAUUGAUA